UCGAAAAUGAAAAUUUUAUACUGGAAUUUUUACCUUAAUUUAUUGAGAAUUUUUGUAAACAAAACAGUGUAUAUAUGUAAACAACAAUGGCGGCUUUUGGAAACCGAUUUUUUGAAAAAUUGGGUGAAGUUGAUUAUGAAAAUGAUGACAUGAGGAUUUCAUCAAAUUAUCGGGUUGAAGUAGAAGAAUGGCAAGAUAUCAAUAAAGAGUUAAAAAAGCAUGGACUACCCAUAGUUAGAAUUCUCCAUCCAUCUGAUGUUACAUUGUUAUCAGGUAGAACAAUAUGUAUGGACCUACCCAUGAGCCAGACAGUGAGGGAAAACUUCAUCUCAUUAAUGGUAGACUGUGAUCACAGGCAGAAUCUCCUACAAGAUCUCAUCUUAUCCAAUAACCAAAUCAAGGAGGAUUUGACGAAGCAGACAGAUUUGAUGGAAAAAUACCAUGGCCGUAUGAAAGAAUUAAAAGUUUUACUAGAAAGUUCAAGAAAUAGAGUAGAGGAACUUGAAAAAGACCAAGAUAUGAAGUCUUCUAUCUUUGAAGAGGAAGAAGAAAAAUUGAAGAACACCAAGAAAUCAAUGCAUCAAAAAUGUAAAUUUCUUCAACAGAAAUGUGACAACCAGGAAAAAGAACUUGAGAGAUUAAAACAUAAAUUGGGCAAAAUGGCCAGUGAGGAAGAAAAACGUACUGAAAGACAGAAUCAAAUUUUUCAAGAAUUUAAAAAGAGAACUGCAAGAGCUCACAAUACCAUGGAUGAAAAGUUGCUAGAUAUAAUUGAUGCUUAUGAAAAACAGAUUAGUAGUAUGCAAAAAGAGCUAGACUUUUAUAAGUCAGAUGAGGUUACAGACAACAGAACCUAUGAGGAGGACUCUGUACAUGAAACAGGAGUAUCAUCCAAUAUGAAGUCUCUCAUCAGGUCUUAUGAGAAACAGUUGUCCAAAGCAAAUGACAAAGUAAAGAAAUUGCAAGAUGAAAAGGAUUUAGUCAAAUUAGAAAUGGGAUCUAGACCCGAGAUAACAGACUACAGAGUCAUUCAACAAAGAGUGAAAAAAUUAGAGAAACUAUUAGCUGUACAUAAUAUAAACAUACCUGGAGAAAAUGACAAGAAGGAUCCAUUCAGACAGAGGAAAAAGUAUAGUACAAAGUUAGAUGAUUUAGAAUACUUACCACUAGACUUAUGUAGACAGUACCUUAGGGAUGUUGCUACUGAAUUAGACACGGAUGAUCUUGAGAAUGUUACACCUCGGGUACAGAAAUUUAAUGAAAGACUAGAGACUGCAUUACAGUUUGAGCAGUUCUGUAGGAAUGUAACAGAAAUGGUAAAUGAUGAUGACAUAAAUACAAGUAAAGGAAGAUCUAAAAGUCCUUCAAGGAAGAAAAAUACUCUAAGUUCUAAAAGUUUACAGUUAGCCAUGGCCACCAUACAGAGCUGGAAAGAUGAUCAAGAUUCAUUACAGGAAUUAGCAAUAUCAGUGAACAAACUUGGAGACAGAGUAGCACCCUGGUUAAAGAUCAGAAUGAGUGCUGAACCAUCGGUUUCAAAAAUCAUCACAGCACUAGACAAACUUGUUUAUGAUGAUGGUAUCUCAAGAGAUAAGGAUGGAAAAGAACAUCCAUCUCGUACAGUCCUUGAGAGUAUUGUUAAGCAUUUCCAGACUCUAUUUGAUGUUCCAUCAGUGUCUGGGGUUUACCCUCGUAUGAAUGAUAUCUACAGCAAAUUAGGAGAAGUCCACAAUGUAUUAAAUACUCUCAGAAACCUUUUAGGUUUAGAUGCAGAUUGCAAAUCUUCAGACAUUGUAGACACAGUAGGGCGUCUAUGUAGCCAACAUAAUAAUACAACAAGUAAACAGCUUAAAGCUCUGUUACAGACAGAGGAUUUAGAGGGUGUAAUAAGAAGACUGGAAGAGCAUAAUUCAUUUUUCCCAGCUUUCCAAGAAGUUAUGAGAAAAAUGUUUGAUAUUUUAGAUGUACAAAGAAUGGAUCAGGUGAUACCAGCAGUCAGAGCAUUGAAGUUAUUGGCCAGCUGAAAUAAUGAAACUGUCAGCAUAGGGAGGGUCUAGAACAAGUUACUACUGCAGUUAAAUCAUUGAAAUUGUGUGCUGGCUGAUGUAUCAUAACUUUGUUAUCAUGGGGAAGGUCUGAAAUGAUCGAGUUCUGAUUGCAGUCACAUAUAUCAAAGACAUGAUCUCCACUGAAAGUUUUGAUUGCAGUUAGAACAAGACAGUUUUUGACCAGUUUUGAUAUAAGACAUCAUGGGAAAGGGGGUACAUGGAAAAGAAGUUUUGGAAGUCAUAGUAUUGGAGUGGCUAGUAACUUGAAAAGUUAGGGAAGGAAUUUUACGAAAGUUCUGCAACAUAUGUAUGUGUAUUUAUAAAAAGUAAUUCAGGUCAUUUUAAUAGCACAAAAGAAAAGUUUCAUUCUUUGAUAAAACUAAGUUGCUACUAAAAUAGGCAGCAUUAAAUCAGAUUUUAGCCAAUGAAUCCAACGUUAAACAUUAUUUGUUAUUAGGGACAAUUUGUUUAUUAUAGAUAUUUAUAAUAUGUAAUUGUUUUUGUAUGAAUGGUGCUUAUUUUCCAAUUUCUCAUCUUCAAAUUUAAAAUAAAUUGGAAAUCCUUGUAUAUUUUUUUUUAUUUCAGUACCUGUUUGAAAAAUAUGAAUUAUAAUGGUUUAGUUUUCCAAAAAUGGUCCACAUCUCAAAGGCUUGUAUUUGAAGAAUUCUUUGUAUUUGCUAAAAUACAAAUGUAAUGUACAUACAUUAUUUAGUUUUUUUAAUACAUUAACUUCGAAAUUCUAAAGUGACUAGUGGUGAAAUUUCAUUGAAAAAGAGCAAGAUAUUAUUAUUGCCUAUAAUCAGAAAGUUUUUCUCAUUUUUUGGAGUGAGAUUGUAAAAUUUUAGUUUUAAAAUGUAUAAUUAACAGUGUUGAGUCUAACUUCAACUAAUGUUUCAAAGUAUUGACCUCUGUUUAUAGAAAUCAUCAAAAACUCAACCAUCAUAGAUAGAUGAUUCAGUUAUAUCUGUUGUUCCUUAAAUACUGUUUAUUUCUUUAUUUCAUGAUAUUAAUCAUCAUUAAUUCUAUACCUUUGUCAGUGGUUUUUUUAUAUAUGAUUUUUUUUAAAAUUAAACAACAAGGGGUACAAAAUAUAUAUAUAUGUGUUAUUUAUAAUUACUUGUGUUGUUUUGAAAACUUAACACAAUAGAUAAAUGCAUAAAUGAAUAUAAUGUG